UGCAGCAGCUGCAGCGCAGCAGCGGCGGAGGCAGCGGCAGUCAGUUGUGUUUACUUGCUUCGUCAGCGGCUGUUAUCUCGUGUUCUUCACUCGCUGCUGAUUGAAACCUCGGACUUUUACCUCAGACUGUGACUUAUCAGCAGUUUCAUCAAGCCUCCCGUGGACAUUGGUCGGGGGCAAGUCGGGUUCACAUUCUUUUUUUUUUUCCUCCUUUUUUUUUUUUUAGCCAACAGGAGAAGAUGACGUUAAAAUCCAAUAAAAACGAACCUGCCCUCAUACUAGAGCCGGUGAACAGCGUCCGGACAGCCCUUUCUGAUCUGUACCUGGAGCAGCUCCUUCAAAACAAACCAAAGUCUGACAAGGUGGCUAUGCAAACCUUUGAGAACAGAGGAGCUGAGCUCUACACCAAUGGCUUCGCCGGACACAUGAACGGCUCAGAGCAACCCAGGAUGAAAGAAGUGGCCUUUGAGAAGAAUCCGUCGGAGCCGAUGGGCGUCACUCUGAAGUUGAACGAAAAACAGGGGUGCACGGUGGCCAGGAUAUUGCACGGGGGGAUGAUCCACAGACACGGCUCCAUACACGAAGGAGACGAAAUAGCAGAAAUCAAUGGGAAAAGCGUGACAAACCAUACUGUAGAUCAGCUCCAAAAAAUCCUGAAAGAAACCAGCGGCGUAGUCACAAUGAAGAUCAUCCCCAAGAUGCAGGGUCGAUCCAGAGCCUGCGAGAUGUACAUGAGGGCUCAGUUCGACUACGACCCUUCCAAGGACGACCUGAUCCCGUGCAAAGAGGCCGGCUUAAAGUUUCAGACCGGCGACAUCAUUCACAUCAUCAACAAGCAGGAUCCAAACUGGUGGCAGGGGCGAGUGGAGAAGAGCGAUGUUGACUUUGCCGGACUCAUACCCUCUCCAGAGCUCCAAGAAUGGAGGGUGGCCAGUAAAAGCAAGGCCAAACAGGGCAGUCAGUCCUGCAGCCCGUUUGGAAAGAAAAAGAAGUGCAAAGACAAAUACCUAGCCAAACACAGCUCCAUUUUUGACCAGCUGGACGUGAUAUCUUAUGAGGAGGUAGUGAGGCUCCCUGCUUUCAACCGGAAAACUCUGGUGCUCAUUGGGGCACCUGGUGUUGGAAGGAGCCACAUAAAAAAUGCUCUUCUCACAAGAUACCCCAAGAAGUUUUCCUACCCUGCACCACACACCACCAGACCCCCGCGUAAGGACGAGGAGAACGGCGAGGAGUAUUAUUUCAUCUCUAACGAAGACAUGACCAAGUGCAUCUCCAAAAACGAGCUGCUGGAGUACGGCAGCUUCCAGGGAUUCAUGUUCGGAACCAAGUUCGAGACCAUCCACAAGAUCCACGAGCAGGGCAAAGUUGCUGUGCUGGACAUAGAACCACAGACCCUGAAGCUUGUUCGGACUGCAGAUUUUGCUCCUCUGGUGGUGUUCAUCGCUCCUACCAACACAGCGACACAGACGGAAAACCUUCAGAUGAUCCAGAAAGAGUCGGAUGCCAUUUUGAGCACAUACGGACACUUCUUUGACGUGGUUCUCGUCAACAAUGACGUGGACGAAAGCGUGAAAGGGGUGGAGGAGGCCAUGGAGCAGGCCACCUCCACCCCGCAGUGGGUGCCUAUAUCGUGGGUCUACUAAAGGCUGUCCGACAGCAGUUUGAAUCGGUUCCCGUGUGUUGAAAGGCAGUGCAAUAUCACUCUUUACACCAAACCUCCAAGUUAGCAGCACGUUUGAUUACUUUGGAUUGUUGUUUGCACACAAAAAAAAAAAAAGCAAUAUGUAGAAAGGAUAAUCUCAGAAGGGUUGGAACCUAACAAAGGGUGUUCUAAACAUCUCCAGGUUUUAGGUGCUGCACACCUCCUAUGAGUGCUGACGGAUUAUCAAAUGCAAAACAGGACCUCAACUGUGGAAAAAAAAAAAGAAAUGCUUUUAAAUAACUAGAAAUUGUCACGUGAAAACAUCACGUUGAAUGAUCCUCUUUUCUGAUCCCAUUAGAUUGACCCAUGACAUGAAGAUUCUGAGACUACUUGCUUGUUCUGUCUGUGUAACUCCAUAUAUCUACAGCACAAAACCUUCUAGUCAACCACUGACGACCUCAUUGGGCUUUAGAAUGGAUUUUUUUCUCCAUACGGUAUACCUCAUGGGGGUACUGUAAAAGCACUUUGCAGUUAAAAUAAAAUAAACCCAUAUAUCACUCCUAA